AGGCAGUGCGAACGGUUGGUCCCGGGACAGCAGCAGCUGCUGCAGCAGGAGGAGCCGGAGCGGCUCGCUGCUGCAGCGGGAGCCGCCCCGGCUCGGAGCUCUGCCUGUCCGGGUUGCGGAGAUAACACCUGGCGCCCCUCAAGUACGGGUGGCUUCGGUAGGAUUUCGGCGGCCAGAAGGACGCGUCGCCGCGGCUGCCCACACAGCUCCUCUCCGCGCCCGGCAUGACUUGCAAGGGUUCAUCGAGCUGGGCACUGUGGGUGGCCCCGUUUGUUACGCUGCUGUCUCUGCGAGGUCUAGUGAGUCCCUUGGAGGUCUUCAUGAAUACCAGGAGUGUUGAAGUUGCUCGGGGUCAGACGGCCAUCCUGCCCUGUACUUUCACCACUAGUGCUGCACUCACUAACCUUAAUGUCAUCUGGAUGGUCACGCCUCUUUCCAAUGCCAACCAACCUGAACAGGUUAUUCUUUACCAGGGUGGUCAGAUUAUUGAUGGUGCAGCCCAGUUUCAUGGGCGAGUGGGGUUUGCAAAAACAAUGCCAACCACCAGUGCCUCCAUCUUCAUCAACAAUACCAAGCUCUCAGAUACGGGAACUUACCAGUGUUUGGUGAAUAAUCUACCAGAUCGAGGAGGACGGAAUAUUGGAGUCAUUGGGCUCAAUGUCUUGGUUCCUCCAUCUGCCCCUGACUGCAGAAUUCAGGGUUCUUUGAAUAUUGGUAGUGACAUCACUCUGAGUUGUAAUUCAGAAGAAGGCAUCCCUCGGCCAACUUACAGCUGGGAAAGGAUGGAUAAUGUUCCCAAGCUGCCUCCAACAUCCAUACAAGAUCUAGUUCAGGGUACUCUUUUUCUGCGCAAUAUUAGCUCUUUGUCAUCAGGACGUUACCAAUGUAUGGCAUCCAAUGUCAUUGGAAGCAGCACCUGUUCUCUUGAAGUUCAAGUGAUUACACCUAACCCUCGGAAUAUUGGUCUGAUUGCUGGAGUUGCAGCAGCAGGGGCAGUUGUGCUUAUUGUCUGCAUUGUCUUGGUGGCCGUUACACUAUUUUAUUGGAAAAACAAACACAAGGAGGAAGAGGAGGAGGAGAUUCCCAAUGAGAUCAGGGAGGAUGAUUUGCCACCCAAAUGUUCUUCAUCCACAAAAGCCUUCCAUGGUGAUGCUUCCUCAUCUGAAAAUGACACUCUCACCUCCUCCAAUACCUACAACAGCCGAUACUGGAAUGACCCCAAAGCAAACCAUGCUACAGACUCUUUCACUCACCUCAACAGUGACGCACGGCAGGCCUUCUCUCGUUCUGGAAGCACCAAUGCCCGUUCUAUAUAUGCUAAUGGAGGUCAUCCAGCACCCCCUCCACCGAAGACAUUGGUAGUGACAACCAAUACAGCUCCAUCUCCACAGGAGAUGGCCAGGAGUAAUGGAUCAGUGAGUCGGAAACCACGACCCCAACACACAUGGUCCUAUGCUGUAAGCCAAGCAACACUGGAGAGGAUAGGUGCUGUGCCUGUAAUGGUACCAGCACAGAGCCGAGCGGGCUCUUUGGUGUAAAAAAUGGUUGUGGUUCUGCGAAUUUGUUACAGUAAGUGGGAGUGAAGAUGGGCCCAAUAAGAGACUCUCCUCUUCCUCCCUGAAAUGGAGGGGAAGAUCUGUGUUCUUCCCUUACCCCAAUCAACUGAACCUAACUGAUGUGAUGAUCCCUCCUUUAUUACCCCACCCUCGUGAUCUCAGGGGCUCCUCAGCUAUGGCUGUAUGUGCCAAGGUCAAAAGGAGACCAUUUAAGGCAUCAGGGGAAGGAGACCAUACUUGCUUUCUAAGGUCUGCUAUAUGAAAUUUCUAUUAGUAUGGUAAACCAGAUGGAAUUUAUAAAGUCCAGAGGUCAGUAGAUCAGAUCAGCUGCCUUGGCGUUAGCCCAUUGCUGCUUGGCUCAAAACAGACAAUGGUGAGGGGGAACUGGUGACAUUCUGUCUGUGACUACUGAUCUCAGAGGAAAAAAGCAGAGGAAAAAAAUAAGCUGGGGCAAAAGAAGUGGGGAGGGAGGACAAUUGACUUGAGAGUUCUAUUUUAUUUAAUUCUUUUUCUGGAGUUCUUUAUUCUUCCUCCCUUCUCCUGCUUUAUGUCAUUCUCCAAAUUGGAUUUUUCUCUCUCUUGCACUAGUUUUCUGGAUGCUUCUCACAUCCCUUGUCACCUCCAUGGCAACUCUGGUCACUUUGGCCUUGUUCCCUAAUGGGCUGCUUGGCAUCUGAUUGGCCUGCUGCUGCUGUUGUUGCUGUUGUUUGGCUGUUGUUGAGGGAUUUGGGGAGGGCAUGGUAUGGGGUGGAAAGCUAAAGCCUCCAUUGCUUAACUGAACUGGCUGUGUAUUUUCUAGGGUGUGUGGCUGGCAUUUCUCAAAAGAGCUAGAUUUCCAAAGCUUUUGGCAUCUGCAUGGCAUGUCCCCAUAUAUGGCUGUGUGGGGCUGGCCUGCAUGGUCAGGUUGAUAGUUGACCAUUCACACAUUCAAAGCAUCCAUUUUAAUCCUUCCUUUACAGGAUAUCUUGGACAUUAUACUAGGGAAGGGAAGGAAAGGAAAGGAAAGGAAAGGGAAGGAAGGAAGGAAGGAAGGAAGGAAGGAAGGAAGGAAGGAAGGAAGGAAGGAAGGAAGGAAAGGAAGGAAGGAAGGAAGGAAGGAAGGAAUAGGGGGAGGAAUAAAGCAAGGAAUUUAAGAGCAGCAGAAAGAUAGACAAUGGCUACCCCGCCCCUCCUUUCUCUUUUCUUGAAGGGUGGUCUGCUCUAAAUGGUAGCCCAUGGUGACAGUUUUCACUCUUGUAAUUUCAUUAGCCUUAAUUGAAAAACAACAAUGGAGAAUUCGAAAAGAAAGGAAAGUGAGGGUCUUCCAUGCUUCAUAGGGAGCUUGGGAUUGGGUGGGAAGGGAAUACAUUUCUGAAUACCUCGAGGAGGCUCAGCCAGGGAGGCCUCACUGAGCCCUGCUGUCCGCACCUGCCUCAUUGAUCACUGACACACUGGUCUUAAAUAAACUUCCUUUGGAAGUUCCUAACAGGAUUUCCUUCUCUGCACUGACAAAAUAUAUCCUUCUGAUCAAAGCCUGGAAUUAGGUAGACCUUCUUCCACUGGCUCUCUUCCACGUUCCAAACUGCACUGGAAAUGAGGUUCCAAGAGAAUCUCCACUGCUCUUUCACUUCCCAUUCUGCUUCACUUAACUUCAUUGUUUUCCUUUCCAAAUGGGUGUUAAGGCCAUUAGGAGAGCUCUCUUCAUAGGCCAUAUACCAUCUAUGUGACGGCCAUCGUCAAGAGAACCCUCUGGGUUGAACUAGGUUUAAAGCUUAGCUGUGCCUUUUUUGCUUGUUUUUUUAACACCUCUCCUUCUCAUUUAUUUUUCUUCUCUCCCCCCCAACCCCAAAAUACUGCUAAUGGACUUGCUCCAUCAGUUUCAGAGCACACCAGGAAGACAGAUGGCUGCUGUAUUUAUACAUAUUUCCUAGGGAGCAGUAUCUCUCCUCCCCUAUUCACUGCCGGUUUCUCCUUUUAUUAUUUGGAAGUUGUGUGAUGGCAUUAGGGAGUGCUGGAGUGGUGAUAGCUUAGAAGAAAGAAGAAUGGCUUUUUUUAAGGUAGUGAAAACAAAAAUGCUACAUAAACACGUUUUCUCCCUCUCUGCUUUUCUAACAAUGGGAAACACAAGACAUUUUCAAGAGAUGCUGCUUACAGCAGCCAACGACUAGUGCUCAGAAAGCUCUUCCUGGUUCUACUGUUCCCUCUCCUCUUUCUUUCUUCUUUCUAAUUGUCUAAAAAAUAAUAAAACUUUUAUUCAUAUAAAAGAGGAA